ACCUUCCUUACAGCACCCAGUGAACUGUACAGAUCACUCGUUGUUGUGAAGCCAUGGUGAUGAAGUGUACUGCUGUGUGCCUUGUGGUGCUGGCCUUGCUUGGCAGCUUAUGUGAUGCUCAGUGGACAGAGGGUCUUUACAAGCCCUCAAGACCUAAACACCAGAAGCCAUCACCACCCAACAAACAGGAGCCCAAGGUUGUGCCUAUAGAUCCCCAACAGUCAAAGCAGACAUUUGAAGCACCACUCAAAUGGAGCUACCCUGUAGAUCCCACGCCAAAGCCCCAGCCUGAGGUGCCUUUCGAACUGAGAUAUCCUGUUCCUGCUGCAAGCGUUGCUGUCGAGUGCAGAGAGAAGAUUGCUCAUGUGGAAGUCAAGAGGGACAUGUUUGGGAUUGGCCAGCUCAUCAAUCCUAACGACCUUAAACUAGGAGAGUGUUCUGUUACCGGAGAGGAUUCUUCCGCUCAAGUGUUGAUUUUUCAAGUUGAGCUGCAUGACUGUGGCAGCUCAUUAGAAAUGAGAGAAGAGUCCCUGGUGUAUACCUUCACUUUGAACUAUAAUCCAGGAUCUCUGGGUGAGUCUGGUGUGGUGAGGACUUCCAAAGCUGUUGUAAUUGCGGAAUGCCACUACCCAAGGAAGCACAAUGUGAGCAGUGGUCCCAUUGACCCAGUCUGGAUCCCAUUCUCUACUGUUAAGGUGGCAGAGGAGUUCUUAUACUUCACCUUGACACUCAUGACUGAUAACUGGCAAAAUCAAAGGCCAAGCUACCAGUACUUCCUGGGAAACAUCAUUAAUAUUGAGGCUGCCGUCAUGCAGUACUACCACGUGCCCCUCCGUGUUUAUGUGCACAGCUGUGUAGCUACUCUUUCACCUGACCCAUCCUCCAACCCCAGAUAUGCCUUCAUUGAGAACCAUGGGUGUUUGCUGGAUGCCAGGAUCACAGGCUCUUCCUCAAGGUUCUUGCCUCGUAGUGCAGAGAACAAGCUUCAGUUCCAGUUGGAGGCCUUCAGGUUCCAGGGUGCUGAUAGUGGACUGCUCUACAUUACCUGCCACUUGAAAGCAACAUCAACUGCCGUUUCCAUUGAUGGUGAACAUAGAGCUUGUUCCUACAUCAACGGGUGGAAGGAGGCCAGUGGUGUUGAUUCAGCUUGUGCCUCCUGUGAGUCUAGUAAAAUAGAAUCAUCUGGCACUUCAUCUGUUGGAUCAACAAAUUCCUGGGUCACUGGGGGUGGAUCCUCUGGUUUGUCUACUCCUGGAAGGAAAAUCCGUGAUGUGGCCCAAAGUGAAAUUUUGGAAUGGGAAGGUGAUGUCACCCUGGGUCCCAUCCCCAUUCACGAGAGGCCAGUUGCUUAACUCAAUUUCCUCCCAUGGCAGUAACCAUCAAAAUAAACAUUCUCAUUGGUUCA